AUGGCGCCAGUGUGGACGUGCGGGACCUGUGGCUUCCACAACUUCGGGCACCGAGGCACGUGCAAGCAGGCAGGGUGCAACGGUCGCAACCCCCAAGGCCCCAUCCCGCAGGUCCAGUUCUCCUGGGGGAACCCGUGGUGGGGCAUUGGUGGACUUGGCGGCGGCGGCAAAGGGGGCAAGGGCGGAGGCGCCUUUUUCCCUGGCGGCGGCGGCGGCAAGGAGUACGGAUACAAGGGUAAAGGCGGCGGCGGCGGUGGAGGCGGUGGGGGAGGAGGCAAGGCGCCUCCACCUCCCAAGCGUGAGCUCACGUCCGAGGAGAAGGCCCUGUGGCUCAAUCUCUCGGAGGAGCAGUUCGCGCUGGCCUCGCAGUCCAUCCCUCGCCACCAGCGUGAUUCACUCAUGCAUCAGCGUGCGCUCCAGAACUACGGCCUCUCUGGGGCCAAGGCUGAGGCCGCGCAGAUCAAUGCGCUCAUCGGGAAGUACAGUCAGCAGAUGGUUCACCUUAAGCAGAAGGUGGCGCGCAUGCAGUCGAAGGCAGAGGAGGCGGUCAAGGCCGCCAUCGUGGCGCAGGAGGAGCUGGACACCGUCCAGCAGCAGCUCGAGGAUGCGAAGGCCCGCGGGCUCUCGCUGGGAGCGCAGGGCGGCGUGGGCGAGGCGAAGGCGGCGGCGCCGUCUGUGUCGCUCGCCCAGCCCAUGCAGCAGGCGCUCGACGCGUUCGUCGGUGCGCUCCCCGAGGGGGAGGCGGGCGAAG